GUCUUGCUGUGAAAAGAAAGUUUGCAAGUCAUAGUUCGAGUAAAAGGCUUAAUUUGAGGAAACAACUCAUGGCCUCAAUCUCAAGGAACGCAUCUUGUCAAGCUUACAAUAAGCUUCAAAUCGUCCGUCACUUUGGUUACGGCACUUACAAGUUUUCUACAGAGCCACAUCUCAGCAUAUGCAAAAUUUGUAAGAAACAAGUCGAACCCACCACCUGUACAUCUGAAAAAACUAUUACAGAGAAGUCUACUUCUUGGGAACGCGCUGAAAUUGAUGAGUAUGUCACAUUUGGAAAUGCUAACAUAUCAGAAGAUAUUGGAGUACGAUGGCUAAAACUCAAGAUCACGACCAUGUGUCUCUGGCCACCUCCUACCUCUUUUUAA